GAUUAUCUAGAUUUAUAUAAAGCAAUUCAAGAUUAUAAAUGUCCAGAUAAUCCUACACAUACCGGUAAUAGUCGAAUUAACUUUUUCAAAGAAGAUCAUGUAAUUGUAUGUAGAUCUCUGGACAGUAAAAAAUGUUGUAAAAUAGAAGAAUAUGCAAACGCAGACAAAGAAUUUAAAUUUCAUUAUUGCGAAAAAGAUGAAAUUAUUAAGCAUAUUAUAGAAUAUUUUUCUUAUCAAUAUGCGAUAUCUAAAGAAAUGAAUGUAGGAGUAACUAAUUCAUUUGCAAAAUUUAUGAUAAAUAAUGUGAAAAAAAUUACAUCAUUUGAUGAUUAUUGUAAAAAGUUUGCUACUUCAUUUUUAAUGUAA